AGCAAGGAAGGGAGCGGUGUGCGCCAGAAGCAUCGAGACGAAGCGGAGAAUGGGGGCGCCGCUCCGCCGCCUCCCGCUCCUCCUGCUCCUCGUCCUAGCCCUCUCGCCGGAGGGGACGCGGUGGCCGGCGGCAGCCGCGGCGGCGGCGCGGCGCAUCGCGCCGCUGCCCACCGCCGCGCUGCGCCGCCUCUACGACACCUCCAACUACGGCAGGCUGCAGCUCCACAACGGCCUCGCCCUCUCCCCCCAGAUGGGGUGGAACAGCUGGAAUUUCUUCGCCUGCAACAUCAACGACACGCUCAUCCGCGAGACAGCUGAUGCGUUGGUCUGGACGGGCCUGGCUGAUUUGGGAUACAACUACGUAAACAUCGGUACAUUACUUAGCUUCACACCAGUAAAUGUUGUUGGGCUACAUGAAGUAUUUUGUGUGUUGUCUCUAACCCAUAUUGGUCCUUACUUUUCAGAUGACUGUUGGUCAUAUGUGAAACGAGGAAAUAAGGGUCAAUUGCUACCUGAUCCGAAGACUUUCCCUUCUGGAAUCAAAUCGCUUGCGGACUAUGUGCAUGGAAAAGGUCUAAAACUUGGUAUCUACUCUGACGCUGGGGUAUCUACUUGUCAAGUUCGACCAGGAUCACUCCAUCACGAGAAAGAUGAUGCUGCCCUUUUUGCUUCAUGGGGUGUUGACUAUCUAAAGUACGACAACUGUUACAAUCUGGGAAUACCGCCAAAGGAAAGGUAUCCUCCAAUGCGUGAUGCUCUAAAUUCAACUGGGCACCAGAUAUUCUACUCUCUAUGUGAAUGGGGCCAGGAUGAUCCAGCUUUAUGGGCUGGAAAAGUUGGAAACAGUUGGCGUACAACAGAUGACAUACAGGAUACAUGGAAAAGCAUGACUGACAUUGCUGAUAAGAACAACAAGUGGGCAUCAUAUGCUGGACCCGGUGGAUGGAAUGACCCGGACAUGUUGGAAGUUGGAAAUGGUGGUAUGACCUUUGCAGAGUACCGUGCACAUUUCAGCAUUUGGGCACUCAUGAAGGCGCCUCUCUUAAUUGGUUGUGAUGUCAGAAAUAUGACUUCAGAAACAAUUGAAAUAUUGAGCAACAAAGAAGUAAUUCAAGUAAACCAAGAUCCUCUUGGAGUUCAAGGAAGAAGAAUUUUGGGUCAAGGAAAGGGUGGAUGCCGUGAGGUGUGGGCUGGCCCCCUCUCUGGCAACCGUUUGGCUGUUGCUUUAUGGAAUCGUUGUUCGGAGACGGUUAAUAUCACAAUGUCAUUGCCAGCUGUAGGCCUUGAUGGUUCAUCUGCCUAUUCUGUUAGAGACCUGUGGAAGCAUGAGACUCUAUCGGCUAACGUGGUAGGAACUUUUGGAGCCCAAGUCGAUGUGCACGACUGCAAGAUGUACAUUUUCACACCCGCCGUCAGUUUUUCUGCAAGUUGGUGAGAGAAAAAGGUGAAAGCCACACCACGCACUAUAUCAGCAUGCCUGGAAACAAACUUUGGUCAAUUAUCAUCCAGCAGCAUCCUUAGCCACACGGUGUGUGUGUGUAUAUAUAUAUCAGCCUGUUUUGGACAAAUACUCUAUCAAUCAUAUAUCCAGCAUGAUGCGUAAAAUUUA